ACAAGUUAGAAAAAAGAAAAAAAAGAUAUUAGUGGGACUAUGAUAGAAGCUGCCCAGCGCCAUCAGAAACUUCUGUUGUGCUGUGAAAGUUUGACAAAAGUUUCUGUUUCCACAAACCUCGGAUGUCUUCAAAGACAGCCUUGAUUAAACAAAAAAUGUGAGUGUAUAAACCCCACUAAGCGCAGAAGUGGAUGUGGGGUUUCAUUGUCAGUCUGCAAUCAGUGGACACAGAUAUUCAUCACAGCAGCCUCCCUUAAUGAGUGAGGAAGACUCAGGAGCAUCAGGUCUGAUUGUGAAUCAACAGGUAGAAUGAAACCUUGAUUAAGUUAUUUAUCCUGUUUAUUCUGCACUGUGUAAAAAAUUCUGACCGAUCAUCAGCUCUCAUUCGAUGGAAAUAAAGGAGCACAAAGGAGAAGCUCUCCCAGAGGUUUUUCGUGGCUGAGGUUGUUUGUUGUCGAUGACGUCAUCUUGUCCAUACUGCUCCAGUGUCUCAUGUUUUGAAGCGUUAGAAUGACGGGCUCCAGCACUGCAUACACCACCUUCAGCCUCCGUGCACGCUCACGUCACUCUUACGGUAACUCUAAAUCAAGCACACAUGCGCAUCUUCGCACUCACCCAUGACACCCUGACUACCCUCCUCAUCAUCACACAAGCCCCCCCGAGGCUGAGCUUUGUGUCACUUCCUUCAUUUUUCCUGAACACGCACGCGCAUACACAAUCACACAUCCUAACGCGCAGAGAGAGAGAGAAUAGUGGAGAGACAAAGACGGGAUCGCGCGUUGUAGUGAAGCUACCUUAGGGUACAACGCGCAUGCGCUCAAAAAACGCAUACGCUUUUUUGUGUUCGUUAGAAGAGAUGAGCUCGGAAAUAAACCGACGUGCACGUUAUGUCCGAUGUUCCUGACCGGUGUGCGCACGCGUGUCUUCUUAACCUGCAGUGGAGUGUAGCGCGUGCACGCGCCGUCGCAGAAGAGGGAAAACCGAAACACUGAAAGCCAGCAGAGGAUUCACGCGAGUGGAGACCCGCACGCGCAGAUGCUGGGACGUUCGCACCGCACACGGCAGGAAUUAUGAAGCUCAGUGGCCAUGUCUAAAGCAACAGCAAAGAAGCUGCACUGGCGCUCCAAGGUGCAGGAGACCUUUGUGCCCCUGGGGGGGGGCAGCAGCGGCGGCUCAGGAGAGCUGGGCUUGGCUAUCGGAGGCGGGGCAGACUAUGGCGAAUUCCCUUUCGUGACUGCUGCUCCUGGGGGUGGGGCCACAGUGGGCGACAUAAUUUUAGAGAUUGGGGGAACGCCAGUGUUGGGGUUAACCCUUGGUGAUGUCAGAGGAGUCCUCAAUUCAUGCCCUCAUCCAAUCAGGAUCAAGACAGUUUCACCAGGUUCAUCUCUAUGUAAAGACCUCAGGCUGUAUCUCAGUAAAUGCUUCACUCCUGGCUGCAUGGACAGUCAGUUGCAGCAGCUCAUCAGGGAAAACCUUUACCUGCGCGCCGUGCCCUGUACAACCAGGCAGCCACGGGAUGGAGAGAUCUCAGGCGUGGAUUACAACUUUGUUUCCAUUGAAGAGUUUUUCUCGCUGGAGGAGUCUGGAGCUCUGCUGGAGAGUGGCAAGUUCCAAGGAAACUACUAUGGGACGCCCCGGCCUGUCCAUAUUAGCCCUGAGAGUCCACCAAUUAAAUACCAGGAGCACCGGAACCUGCUGAGGAACUUCCGAACACGGAGCAAGUCUCUCAGCAACCUGGAGAAGGCUGUAGAGGAGGACAGUGAGGAGGACGGCGGGUUGUCAGGUUUGGCUGGAGCUCCACCCACCACUCUGCCUCUCAGCCAGUCAUGGGAGUCAGCAGCUGGGAGUCGAGUAGGAGUGAAGAAUGGAGGAGGAGGAAGAGCGAGAGGAGGAGCUCCUCUGCCUAAAAACUGGGAGGUGGCCUAUAGCGACUCUGGAGAGCUGUACUACAUCAAUCACGUGACAAAGAUGAAAAGCUGGGUGGAUCCUCGUGUGCAGAGCAAAGAGACGGCGUCCUGCUCCAAGCUCCCAGAUUUCACAGAACAGCCCAGCCUGCUGCGUGGUUACUCCAUCCACACUCGGCUCUCCAAAGGGCCUCGAGGUUUCGGCUUCAACAUUGUCGGAGGGAGUCGACCACAAGAGUUUCUGCAGGUGUACAGCGUCACACCUGGAGGACCCCCUGCUCUUAACACAGCGGAUAUCCUAGUCUAUAUCAAUGACACAUGCGUGCUGGGUCGGUCCCACAAAGAGGUGGUGGAGAUGCUGAAGGCGGUCCCAAUGGGCCAGAGUGUGGAUGUGGUGCUGAGAAGAGGGUACCCAAUGCUUUACAACCCUGAUGGCUGUCCCAAACAGAGUCUGGAGAUGCAGGUGCAGACUCCCAGUGAGCCCUCUGAUGCCAGCCGGGGCCCCACCCACCUCACCUACAGCUGCACUCUAGAUGCCAACGACGGCAUGGCAGGUGCUGUACAUAACCCAGUCUCCUUUGCUCCUCUAAUGGCGAACGGAUUGACAGAGCCCGUCACCCUCGUAUCCUCCGAGCCUGCACUCUGUCCACCUCUUCUUCCAGAGAGGACUCCACCCAACCACAGUGACUUUGAAGGUGGUCCAUCAAACACUGGAACUCGAAGAUCCUCCCUGGUUAGCUACAACAGCAACACUCUCCCUGCCCUCCCCUCUUCAUCCCGCCUUCUCCAUCAGAGCUCCAAGUCCUCAGACAGUGACCUUUCCACCUCCACUCUACCAAUCACCUCCUCUUCCUCUCACAUUCUGUCAAGACUACCCUUAAAUCUGCCUGAAACCAGCGCUGCCCAGAACUCCACCAACUCCACAACCAGCAACAAUUAUCUGUCCUCCUCCACAACUCCUGUUCAGCACCUGCCAAUGCCAAUGACAUUCCCUGUCCUUAAUUCACCCAAAGACGCCCCACCGUGUGGCUUUAAUGGGUGUCCAGCCAGUCACCAGGCAGCUUCAUUAACCUCCCGUGGAAAUAUAGGGCUAAUUCCUCCACUGGUAACAGGGUCCACCAGCUCAGGCCUUGUGGGAGAACUUGUGCCAGUUGCAGUUGGGCAGAGUGAAAGUGGGGCCCUCGGAUUUACUCUGACAACAGGAGGACAGGGAGGCCAGCAAGUGGUGGUGAAGCGGGUCUGGGAUCGCAGGCAGUGUCUGUCACUGCAGACAGGAGACAUCAUUGUAAAGAUUAAUGGGGCCGAUGUACAGAGCCUCAGCUUUUUGCAGGUUCAGAGAGUUCUGCAGGAACAUAUCAAACAAGGAGAGGUAGUUCUGCUGGUCUACAGAGGGGGUCCAGUUUCCUCUCUGGUCGUUACUCCUAACCUCUACAAGUCUCAGCCCUCUUCGAAUAUCCUGACCACACCUUCCUCUUCUCAUGGCCCGUCUUCACCUGAUUUGCCUUUUCCGUCCGCGGGUGCCUUGCUGGAGGGUGUUCCCCUGCUCAACCUGGCUGGUUUGGUCCCUGAAGGUCAACCAAAGGACUACCAUCCAGCUACAGGGACCCAUCAAGGGGCCCCUCCAGCCCAUUCUCCUAACGGGCCUCCACCCUCAUCCCUCAUCCAAAGUACGAGCUUCCUAGACUCAGUUCCUGUCACUCUUACCUUGGAGCCCUGCGACUUGUUGAAGGGAGAAGGUUUUGCUGGGGAUCCUCCUCCCACCAGAGGAGGAGAAGCUAUUGCAGCAAAAGAGGGCAAAGAGGGGGCAGGGCCCAAACCAGUAGAGGUGGAGCUUCACAGGCGGCAUGGGGAAGGCUUCGGGUUUGUCAUCUCAUCUCAGGAAGUGAGCAAAGGCCCCUCCCUUAUGUCUCACAGGUUUGUGACGGUGCGGCGUGGCAGCCCAGCAGCGCGAUGCGGCCAGAUUCAACCUGGAGACCAGCUGGAGGAGGUGGAAGGGCGCCCUGUCAGCGGGCUCCAUCAUAGAGACCUGGCCCAGAUCCUCAGGAGGGCGGGAAACACGUUGAGGUUGAGCGUCACUCCUCGACAGCAAGGUGCCCCCCCCUCAGAGAGGAUGGAGUUUGACACUGAUGGAAGCUUAAAUAAAGGAUCUAACCAAAGGUCAAAGGAGAAGUCCAGGUUCUACAGCGUGGUUCUGGAGCGAGGACCCACAGGUUUCGGCUUCUCCCUGAGGGGGGGUAGCGAGUACAACAUGGGCUUGUAUGUGCUGGGGCUGAUGGAUGGGGGGCCUGCCCAACGCAGCAACAAGAUCAAAGUGUCUGACCAGUUGGUGGAAAUCAACAGUGAGAAUACAGCGGGAAUGACCCACAGUCAGGCUGUGGAGCAGAUCCGCAGAGGGGGAAAUCGCAUCCGCCUCGUCCUUCAGAAGGGAAACGGAUACGUGCCAGAUUACGACCCUGAGACGGGAGCCCUCUCACUUCCCUCCCCCUCCUCAUUCAACAAGGAGCAACCUGUGGCAUCCAUGACAAUUGCAUCUCUGAGCCAACAGCCAAGAUCAGUGGGAGGAGAGAGGGGAGAGACUGCGAGAGAGAUGGAAACAAACAGAAGAAUAAGAGGAAGAAGAGUAGAGUUAGGGGCUCCCGCUCUGGACCUAGAUCAUGUGGAGAAGGAAAUGAUGAGAAAGGAGGAAGCUGAGAAAAAAAGACACCAGGAGGAAAGGAGAGAAAUGAAGAAAAAAGAGGAGAGAAAGAAUGUCAGGCUAAACAGACAGGAGGACCAGGAGGAGAGGAGCUUCCCCAUGCACAGAGUGCCAUCACUUGGCUCGAGGCAGAUGGUGGAAUCCUCAGGGAGCGGAGCAAGGGAGAGGAGAAGGAGCGAAGCAAGGAGCAGAAGAAGAGGGGAUGAGGAGGUGAACACCGCUGUCAGCCACCAUAGCUCCAGCCGCCAUGCUGGGAGCUUGGGUGGUGCCCAGCAGGCAGUGUUCUCCUUCCUCAUGCCAAUGAAAGAUCUGUCAGACAGUGAAUCAGCUUGCAGCUUCUCAGAGGUCAGCCUAUCAACAGCCAGCAUUGCCACAUGGAGGACGCAGAACAAUGACCAGAGGAGAGAGGAGUCACUGGAGCGCCAGGGGAACCUGCCUGGACCGUGGCUCAAACCAAACGCUCAGAAGUUGACAAAGGUGCGGAGUGGCAGUCGACCUGCUAGACGGGGUCUAACAGCUGGACUCUCUUUCUGAUUAGCCAGAAGCGUAUUCUUCUUUUUCAUUUGCUGAAUUUUAUACUGGCUGCAUAUAAGGGCUUUGCUGUUUUGCCAGCAAGAGGAACCCCACCUCUUCAAGGAACUGUUUGUCCACUGACUUUACACCUUUAGCCCCAUCUUACCCAUCAUGCCUCAGCAAAGCAGGUGUGUCCUCAUCUUCUCAUAUCUCCACAAAAGCUGUAAAUCUUCAUGGAAACCAGGAACAACCUCCAGAUACUGCUUUCUGGAAUCACAGCCAGGAACUGAUCUGAUCGCAGCUGCGGUUCUUGGUUCUGAGCGUUCUUUGGUCCAAAGUCAAUGUGACAUGGGGUUGGCUGUCAAAAGUUUCAAGGUCAUCCUUAGCUUCAUUGACUCUGCCAACUGUUCCAGAAACGCCUAAGUACCUAAAGUCUCAGUGAUGACAUGAACACUUUGGUAGCACAACGAACCAAAGUUUCUUUGGUAUUGAGGCCUGCAACCAGCAGUGAAGACCUCUGGUAUCCAAGCUGUUCUUCAACAACAAAUGAAGCUCUAAGCCAUCAAUCUGAUUAUCCUAACCUGCAUCCUUUAGUAUUGUAUGCAAAAAUGACUGUGAGUCAUGACUGAGCAUGUGAAUAUUAAUGGAAUGAUUUUUAUUUUUAUAAAGUGUGACAUGUAAAAAAAAAUGUGAAGAUGCAGCUGAUAUGAAAGGACACGUCCCUCUAGACUGAACACAUUUUUCCUGCUUUGUCUGUAAUAAGAAAUAUGAUCACCAUGAUGAUGCAGAGCCAUACCUACACGUGCACACAGAUGUCAGGUCCAGUACUGACUUCAACAUUGCCAUGGCAACCUGACCCCCUGCACAGCAACAGAAGGAAAUGCAGCUCUGGACCAGAACAAGUGCCUCUUUUUGUUUUAGCAGUCCUGCUGUCCAACAAUCAGUGGCAGUUUCAGCUUGAAUGGCACUCUGGCCAUUUCCACGGGGAAACAGUCAGGUGGAUCCUUAUUUGGUCCUGUCCUUAAUUUCUUUCAGUAAGAACUGAAAAACCAAAAUGAAACUUAAAACUUCACAAAAUAAAAAUGGUAUAUGUGCACGUC